GAGGUUUGGUAAGUAGGCAAAUCAAAGAAAUGGCUGGGACAAAAAUUGUAAUGGUCAUGAAUUGCAUGCCACAUAACAAAAUUCAUGGAUUUCAAGGACGAACCCCUCUUAGUCUCAGCCAUUCCAUUAAGGAGCACAAAUUAGUUUAUUCUUGGAGUAUUAAUGGUAAGAGUAACAUGAAAUUCAUAGUGAAUCAGAAAGGGAAGCAAAUUGCAUCACAAACCAUUAUUGAGCAUGAAGAAACCGUGGAUCAUGGGGACAUCUCCAACACCAAGCUAACUGCGCUGGUUGCCGUGAGAAAUAAUGAUGAUAAGGCAUUUGUGAACAAUUUCCUAAGUACUUUCAUGUCUCAAAACCAUAGUAGAGGUUGUGUUGUUCUGCAGCUAGUUAGCACAAAACUUGAUCCUAGGAGUAUGGAACCAAAGUUAAGCUUGGAAACUGUGUUGGAAUUUUCCAAAGAUCGCAAAUUUGAAAAUAAGGGAAGAACAAAGACCUACAAAGUGGAAUUUAUUGUGGACCCAGAUUUUGGUGUUCCUGGAGCUAUCACAGUUGUUAACUAUUAUGACAACGAGCUCUUCUUGGAAAGCAUAAACAUCAGACAAAGUAUUUGUUUCACAUGCAAGUCUUGGGUCCAACCAAAUAGGCUUCACCCAGACAAGAGAAUCUUCUUCGUCAACAAGGUGUAUCUACCAUGUGGGACACCAAAUGGGAUAAAAGAGUUGAGAGAAAGGGAGCUAAAGCAACUGAGAGGUGAUUAUGGUAGUGGGAAAGGACGCAUGAAAUCAUCAUGGGACAGGAUUUAUGAGUACGAUGUGUACAAUGAUUUAGGUGAUCCAGACAAAGGAAAUGAUUAUGCAAGGCCAACUCUUGGUGGUCAAGACAAUCCUCAUCCCACACGCUGUCAUACUGGCCGUCCUCCUACUAAGUCUGAUUCGAAGGCUGAGUCACGACCAAGUAAAUCAGAGUUAAUAUACGUGCCAAGGGAUGAAGAAUUUGAGGACGUUAAGCGACAAAAUAUUAAUCAAGGAAAAUUGAUAGCACUGCUUCGUAAUCUUGUACCCGCUUUAACGGAUAAAAUCAUGGGCAGUGAAGAUAUUUCAAACAUUGAUAGCUUCAUUCAAGAGCCUAAAGGGCGCUCUGAACCUAAGUCACUGCUCAAUUUAAGAGUGGCCAUGGAAGAGAUUUUUAAAUUUGAACCUCCAAAGAUAUUUUCAAGUGGGGGAUCACAUUUCUUACUUGAUGAUGAAUUUGGACGUCAAGUGCUAGCUGGGAUAAACCCUUUAAGUAUUGAAAGGCUAAAGGUUUUCCCACCAGUGAGCAAACUGGAUCCCUCUAUAUAUGGUUCAGUAGAGUCAGCAUUGAAAGAAGAACACAUUAUAGGCCACAUUGAAGGGAUGUCCGUACAACAGGCAUUGGAAGAAAACAAGUUGUUUAUACUGGACUAUCAUGACAUUUACUUGCCCUUUCUUGAUCGGGUUAAUGCUCUUGAUGAGCGCAAAGCUUAUGCAACAACCACAAUUUUCUUCCUCACCAAAAUCGGAACUCUGAAGCCCAUUGCAAUUCAGCUUGCUCUCCCAACAGACAAGCAGGUUCUAACCCCUGCUGUAGAUGAAACCUCUAAAUGGCUCUGGCAAUUAGGCAAAGCUCACGUUUGCGCUAAUGAUGCUGGCGUUCAUACACUUGUGCACCAUUGGUUAAGAAUACACGCAUGCAUGGAACCAUUAAUAAUUGCAGCUCAUCGGCAAUUAAGCGUGAUGCAUCCUGUAUUCAAGCUUCUGCAUCCCCAUAUGCGAUACACACUCAAGACAAAUGCAACAGCCCGCGAGGUACUCGUUAAUGCAGACGGUUCCAUAGAGAAAAACUACACUCCCGGGAGAUACUGUAUGCAAAUUACGUGUGCUGCCUAUAAAGAUUGGUGGCGGUUUGACAUGGAAGGUCUUCCUGCCGAUCUUAAAAGAAGAGGUUUGGCGGUUCCAGAUGCCACUCGGCCACAUGGCAUUAGACUACUUAUUGAAGAUUAUCCUUAUGCGGCUGAUGGACUCCUCAUAUGGUCUAGUAUAGAGAAGUUGGUCAGGACCUAUGUGAACCAUUACUACAAAGAUUUGAAUGCCAUUUCUUCUGACAAUGAACUCCAGUCCUGGUACAAAGAAUUCAUCAACAUGGGGCACCCUGAUCAUAAAAAUGCUACCUGGUGGCCUAAACUAAACACCCCUGAGGAUCUCAUCUCCUUGCUUACCACCAUUAUCUGGACUGUAUCAGCGCAACAUGCUGUCUUGAACUUCAGUCAAUACCCCUAUGGUGGAUAUGUUCCAAUCCGGCCACAAUUAAUGCGAAAAUUAAUUCCUAAUGAGGAGGUUCCUGAUCACGCGGCCUUUGUCAAGGAUCCGCAGAGAUACUUUCUAUCAUCACUGCCAAGCUUAUUUCAGGCAACAAAGUUCAUGGCUGUGAUUAACAUAGGUUCUGCACAUUCACCUGAUGAGGAAUAUAUAGGACAUAGAAAUGACAAGACUUCUUGGUUGGGAGAAUCUGAGAUCAUUGAUGCAUUCAACCAAUUUUCAAAUGACAUGAAAGAUAUUGAGAAGGAGAUUGACAGAAGAAAUGCCGAUCCAAAACUUAGGAACCGAUGUGGCCAUGGAGUUUCACCAUAUGAAUUGUUAAUACCUAGCUCAGGAUGUGGCGCCACUGGACGAGGAGUGCCAAAUAGUGCAACAGCCUAACAGUUUAAUAUGCGAAGAAAGACCAGCCACGGAAUAUCACACCUUUGUUUUCCACCAUUUUUUUCUCACGGAAUCUUUACUACUUACUAGUAGAUCAAGACAUUUAUGCCGUGCAGAAAUCAUUUGAAGAUGAAUUUUGCAUAGUUAAAUUCAGUCAGAAAUCAGCACAUUGAUUAAGAAUAAAGUAUGAAAUUGCUCAAGACCUUGAAAGCAGUUUAACAAAAAACAGAUGUAUGUUGAAAUACUAAACCAUCUAUUCUGUUCAAAUUCGUGAACAUAUAAUAAAGAUAAAACAUAUAUUUGAAGAACAGUUACAAUCAUUA